AUGUUCAAAUUUACAACUAUUGCACAUAUAAACAAUGAUACUACACGUCCACUAGUUGCAUUAACUACGCGACAAGGGAAUCGGUACUUGUUUGGUAAAAUCCCCGAAGGGUCACAACGAGUGAUCAAUGCUAUUGGAUCAGAAGUCCGUUUCCCCAAAUUGCAAAGCAUAUUUCUCACUGGUACCAUUUCCACUUGGAGUGAUAUUGGUGGAUUACCGGGGCUAUUCUUGACCAUUAGCGAUGCGACCAAGAAGGGCAUUAAAGUUGUUGGAGAUUGUAAUUUACUAUCAUACAUUGUCGCUACUUGGAGACAAUUUGUAUUCCGAUUAGGUAUUGAUUUGGAAAUUGUAAAUGUUGACCAAAGUCCCUUGGUUUCCAAUGAUGAAGUUAUUGUCAAGUCAAUCAAGAUACCACCUAGGAAUAAAGCAACAACGACGACUCCUUCGUCAUCUGCAUCAGAAAAGGUAUUAACACAAAUUCGCAAAUUGGCAUCGCUUAUGUUUCCCUUAGAUACAACUGAAGUCAAUAGUCGUAAUCCCGAAUCAUACAAAUCAGACCCAUCGCUGAAGGAUAUUCAUACUCAUGUUCAAUUACCCGAAGCGUCCAAACUCAUCACUCAACAAGAUUCAAUAUCAUAUUAUGUUGAAUUUGUUCCCAUUCCGGGAAAAUUUGAUCCUAAAAGAGCUAAAGAAUUGGGAUUAAAACCGGGUCCAGUAUUUAAGGAACUAGUUGCUGGAAAAUCCGUGGUUAAUGAAGCUGGGGAUACAAUUUCACCAAGUCAGGUGGUGGGACCUGAUCGUAUCUUGCCAAAAGUGUUGAUUAUUGAUAUACCUAGCGAGGAUUAUUAUCAACCUACUAUAAGCAGUGACCAGUGGCAUAAGAUUGAUAAUGUCGGCCUUGUUUAUCAUUUCAUUGGCGAUGAUGUCGAUUUCAACAUGCAGGAGUACCAACUGUUUAUUAACCAGUUUCCUUCAAAUACAAAGCAUUUAGUCAGUCAUCGUUCAAUAACCAACAACAUCAUAAUCAAUGAGAAAUUUGCUGUAGGUCAUUUGAAAUUAAAACUGAUUAUGCCAGAAAAUUUCCAAUUGAUGAACCUGGAUCCAUUCAAGCCAUUGACUAAUGAUGGGAAGGUAGAUCGUUUACACUCAUUACAAUGUAUGGGUAUAGAUGAUACUGGAGUUCACUGCGACAAUGCUAAUGUCUUGAGCAAUUCCAAUGAAUUAUUGUAUAAAGAAAUCACUCACCUGAGUGAUAAAGAAGCACCAUCAUUUGAAUUAUUAGAAUCCAGAUUCAAUUUAGAUGAAAAGGGUCCUAACUUGAAAGAUUUGGUUCACAUAAGUACACUUGGUACUGGUUCAGCACUUCCUAGCAUAUCACGAAACGUCCUUGCCAAUCUUAUUCGAAUUCCUUAUCAACAUAAUGACGGUACAAUUGCAUACCGUUCAAUUAUCAUGGAUGCAGGUGAAAAUACCAUUGGAAGUAUGUUGCGAAAUUUCGGCCACGAUAGUGAAAACGAUUUGAAGCAAAUAUUUUCCGAAUUGGCUUUGAUUCAUUUAUCACAUUUGCAUGCUGAUCAUCAUUUAGGUAUGAUCUCUUUAAUUAACCGAUGGUUUGAAUUGAAUAGUGAUAUCGGCAGUGUCGACAAAAAGUUGUACUUGAUUGUUCCGUGGCAGUUUAUCACAUUUGUUCGUGAUUGGUACAGUUUAGAACAUCAAUAUAACCAAUCUAUUGAUUUAGCUCGAUUGCAAAUGUUUAGCUGUGAGGAUUUUCUAAAAGAAGGGAGGUUACCCGAGUACAAGAAACUCACCAUUGAUGAAUUUGAACAAGCUUAUGAUUGUGGAGAUAUUCAUCGGUCGAUAGCUAAAUCAUCAUUGCAGCCAUUAAACACUGCCGCCAUUGCCAAGAUGUAUGAUGCAAUUGGCAUUGAAUCAAUUUCAACUGUACGUGCACUCCAUUGUGCUUGGGCUUAUUCAUCAACAUUUAAAUUCAUCCUUGAUGCCAAUCACAGUCAAUUUUUCACAAUUUCAUUCUCUGGUGAUACUAGACCCAAUCCAAAGUUUUGUUCUAUUGGACACAAUUCCGAUUUAUUAAUUCAUGAAGCUUCGUUGGAUUCGUAUUGGAUCGAUGAAGCAAUAGCCAAGAAACAUACUGCUAUGAUUGAAGCAGUAGCCAUGUGUCAAUUGAUGAAUUGUCCUAAUUUACUUCUAACUCAUUUCAGUUCUCGUUAUGGAAUGAGUAAUAACUGUAUACCGAAACUGGAUUUAGAAAAUGAAGCCAGGGAACUAGAGGCACAAUUGAUUAGUAAACGAACUUUCAAUAUUUUUCGAAAUGCCGACUUGACAAAAUUGAAGGAUUUACAAAUUGUUUUCGCUUAUGAUUUGAUGAAUAUUAGAUUGGGAAAUUUCGAUAAACAACAGGAAAAAUGGCCAAUUUUGCAAAACUUAUUUGAAGGGAAUUCUAAAAAGAGGAAAUUAGCCAUGGAGGAUGAUGCUGACGUACACGAGGAAGAAACUACUUGA